AUUAAACCUUUAUUCAUUGCUAUAAUAUUUCUCGAACAUUGUAUAUUGCAUUCCUCGUGGUGGGCAUGGAAAGCGAAAUAGUUAAAUAAUUACUUACUUAAUAAGCUUGUAAUGGCAAACAAGCAGACUUAACACACAAACACACAGGUCACCGUAUGGAGCUUGAAACGGAGAUCGUGCGUAAGAGGAAGGACACCUCAAGUCACACUCCUGACCCAGGAUGUGGAUUUGUGUUUCCAUAGCAAAGCCCACUUUCAGUAAAAAAAUGGCCGCCGGUGCAGCGUUUUCUCCGGCUGGAAGCCGUGAGGUGCCGCCCGUCCACGGCCCCGAGUUUCUGUCCGUGAACAGUCCUGACGACGCCUUAAAUGCAACGCAAAUGGCACCGGGCAAUGCUGGCGUACAGUUCAGCCGCUGUUAUUCUAAGCUUUGUUCGCUCAGACCCUCCGACAAUGCCAGUUUUAAAACUGAACUAAACCUUCUGUUCGAUCAGUUAAUCUCAGAAAACUAUAACACCACCUACUCAAACUGCAACAUUGGACCGGAGGAUGUGUGCGCACUGCUCGUCCAAGCCAGCAGACUGGUGCACAUCAGUCAAGAGCACCUUGUCAUCAAACUUUGCCAACUUGUCCAUCACCUCCUUAUCCGGCUUCAGGUAAUCGUAGAUGAGCAGAGUUUGGACUCGCUGGUGUCCUACUCCAUUCGGGCUCUGCAGGCCUGCAGCUCCUGGACCCACGCUGAGAUCUUACAGGCGCUGGCCGCUCUUGUGUAUGCCAACGGCCCCAAAUGCCAGAGGCACCUCCCAGACUUGCUGGGCCAUGGAGGACUCCUGCUGCGGAACAGUGGCCCCAGCCAGCUCGACGUGGAGCUCAGACGUGCAGCUGUGCACUGCAUGGCUAACCUGUGCCUUGGGACUCCUGGCCAACCGUGCCUGGACGAGCCCUACAGAACUAUCUGCUUCAGAACGUUCCUUGAGAUGAUACAAUCUCCCAAGCCGUCCAAUGUAGAUGACAUCAUCUUUUGCACACUAUUGCAGAAUGCCCUAAAGGGGAUGCAGUACUUUCUGAAUGGAGGGAAGGGGAAACUUGAGGCAGAUGGACAGCUUGGUUCCCUACUGGCUGUGCUCAAGAAGUACAUGUUCUUUGGGUUACCGGGGAUGAAUUUGGAGAUGCCUGCAGUUCUGUACCCCGCACCACUCCCCCAGUAUGAGGGUGUCGCUACCACCAAGCCGGAGCCAUCACGGGACACACAAACCCAGAACAAGCCUUCAGGGAAUAAGAAGCGUAAGCCAGGCGGGCGAAGCAAGAAGACCAAGCCAAAGGGGAGGAGGGAGGAGGAAGGAGAGGGGGAGGGGAGAGAGAUGGAGACGGGGCCUGGGUUGGGUCUGGCAAAGGCAGGCGGAGGAGACUCUCAAAGCCAUUGGUCACAGACCACCACCCCCACCUCCCCUGGACGCUCCCUUCACCCAGGAUCCCCUUUCCCCUCCCUGUACCCCUCCUGGAAGAGGAGCAGCUCAGACUCUGAGUUCUCUGAUCCUGAAGGGGGGUUGCAGAGCAAGCUUAGGCUGUACCAGGCCCGUGUGAGGCAGGGGGCGCUGCACUGUUUCCUGUCGGUGGUGAAGUGUGUAGAGAAGAGGGUUCUGUACGGAUACUGGUCCUCGUUCGUCCCCGACGCCCCUGGGAUUGGUGGGCCGCCUCCCCUCACCCUGCUCACCAUCGUCCUUAAGGACCCCUCUCCUAAGGUGCGUGCGGGGGCCCUGCAGUCGCUGUCGGCCCUGCUGGAGGGCUCCCGGCAGUUCUUGUCGGCGGCGGAGGACACCGGGGCCCCACGCCAGGCCUUCACGCCCUUCUCUGCCACGCUGGCGGCCAGUCUGAGGGAGCUGCACCGCGGCCUGCUGCUGGCGCUGAUGGCCGAGUCCUCCUCUCAGACCCUCACUCAGGUCAUCAAGUGCCUGGCCCAUCUGGUGUCCAGUGUGCCGUACGGCCGCCUCCGGCCCGGCCUGCUCAGCCCCCUGUGGAAGCAGAUUCGGCCCUACGUUCGGCACAGAGACGUGAACGUGCGGGUGUCGAGCCUCACCCUGCUGGGGGCCAUCCUCUCCACUCAGGCGCCCCUCCCCGAGGUCCAGCUGCUCCUGCGGCAGCCCGGAAACUACAGGGGAGCGGGCGAGGGGGGCGGGAGCGAGGGGGCCACGCCCCAGGAGCCGCUGAGCUGGAGGAACACCCCCAGGAGGGACCGCUGCCCGCCUUCCCCCGGGGCCCUGGCGGAGGGGGACGCCGGGGGCCCACCGGCAGAGCCCUGCUGGCUGCUGCAGCUGUGCGUGUCGUUGGUCACGCUGCCCCGCGAGGACCCCUACUCCGACAGCGACAAGGGCACCGGCUCCUCGGGCUCCCUGGAACCCUCCCCGGUCCGGCUGGAGGCCCUACAGGUGCUGGCUCACCUGGUGAAGGGCUACUUCACGCUGGUGCAGGGGUCCCUGCUGGAGCUGGCCGAGGUUAGCGCCCGCUGCCUCAGAGAGCCUGACCCGUCUGUACAGCUGCACGGGGCCAAGCUCCUGGAGGAGCUGGGUUCCGGAAUCAUCCAGCAGCACAGAGCUGACUCCAGCGUGCCGCAGAGCUGCAGGGUGCCCCUGGGACAGGUGGUUCAGUUCUGGUCAGAGGUGCUGAGUGGGCCGCUGACCGGAGCUCUGCAGAGCGAGAAGCACCCCACCCUGCAGACCAGCGCCUGUGAUACCCUGUCCUCCAUCCUGCCCCAGGCCUUCAGCCAGCUGCCGGAUAAGAGCCAAAUGCUGUGUCUGACCGUACUGCUGGGCCUGACGUACAGUGAGAACUCUCUGGUGAAAGCAGCAGCAGUCAGAGCCUUGGGGGUCUACAUCCUGUUCCCCAGCCUCCGGGAGGACGUCAUGUUUGUGGCUGACACGGCCAACGCCAUCCUCACCUGCCUGGAUGACCGCUCGCCCAACGUGCGUGCCAAGGCGGCCUGGUCGCUAGGAAACCUGACGGACACGCUCACCAUCAACAUGGAAUCUCCGGGACGGGACUUCCAGGAGGAGUUCUCCGACCUGCUGCUGCUGAAGAUGCUGUGUUCGGCCACCCGAGCCUCGGGGGACAAGGACAGGGUGAAGAGCAACGCGGGACGAGCAUUGGGGAACCUGCUGCACUUCCUGCAGCCGGCCCACCUGGCCCGGCCCGGGUUCGAGCAGCCGCUGGAGGAGGCCGUGCGGGCGCUCAUCGGCACGGUGCGCGGCGACGCCACCAUGAAGGUGCGCUGGAACGCCUGCUACGCCCUGGGGAACGCCUUCAGGAACCCCGCCCUCCCUCUCGGCUCCGCCCCCUGGACGGCGGACGCGUACUCGGCCCUGUGCAGCGCGGUCACUUCCUGCCGGAACUUCAAGGUGAGGAUCAAGUCGGCGGCGGCCCUGUCGGCGCCGGCCGCGCGCGAUCGCUACGGCGACGCGGCGCAGUUCCGGGAGGUGUGGCGGGCCCUGUCCCAGGCGCUGGAGCGGAGCGAGGAGGCCGAGGACUUCCUGGAGUACCGCUACUGCGCCAGCCUGCGCGCCCAGCUCUGCCGCGCCCUCAUGCACCUGCUGUCCCUCUGCCAGCCGCCCGACCUGCCCGCGCUCGCCGCCUCCCUGGCGGGGGAGCCCGGGGAGGCCGUUCAGGGCCACCUGGUGCGCUACCACACGGGCGGCGGGGAGGGGGAGGAGGCCGGGGACUGUCCCGACCCGGCGGAGAGGCGGAGGGAGCUGGGGGCGACGCUCGACCAGCUUAAAGGCCUGCCUGCGGGCUCGCCCGAUGCCCGGGACGCCCGGGACGCCCUCAGCGCCGUGGUGGGCUUCCUGGAGGACGUGCUGAAGAGGUGCGAAGAGCUGAAAGAGCCUUCAGCCUGAGCGCUUGCACAAACCGCACAGCCAUGGGGCUCCGCGCAGGCAGGGCACCGCUAAUGUGCUAACGUGCUAACAUGCCUAUGUGCUAACGUGCCCUGGCCAGGAGCCAGUGAGGCUCUGCGGGAUGCGGGAUUCUGGACAGUAAACAGCAGUCCUGCAGUCCUAAUGGAGUGUUUUAAUGAUAAAAUUUUCAAUUUAAUGAAAAAGUAAAGAAUCCUCUCAAUUAAUUAAAUUCAGGUAAGACCUGAGGAGUGUCUACCACUAGUUCAUACUGAUUCCUGUGGACUAGACUCUCACAGUUCUUCCAUUCCUAUUUGUCAUAUGUUCCAUUCUGGCUGAAUGAACUUCCUCCAUCUUAUGUUAGAGCUGGAUGAUGAUGUGCACACUAGCUUUAAUGAACCACACAGAACCAGGAUACAGGAAAACCCUUAGGCUCGGAGUGCACAAACAAGGAAUAGGUUUUUAUCAUUUGCGUCCCUCUUCCUGCUGUUAUUAAAAAAUUUGAACUUUGAAAAA